CUUUCAACUCGUGGGUGGAAGCAAUAAAGCUUCUCUUGCAUAGUUCUCCCUGGCAGAUACAUUUCACAGGAUCUUUCCGCUGAGCAAUCUCGCCUCGAAUCAGCAUUAUUUGGUCACGUGACUUCAGGUACUACAACUGAGUCAGAUCUAUCUUAUCCAACGCCUUGUCAUAGACUGUGGGAUCGAUCUUUGAAUCAAGCCGUGUGGAUUACGAGCUCCAAAAUGGGAAGACUCAUCACUGUUGCUACCUGUUCACUUAAUCAGCAUGUUCUCGACUAUGAGGGCAAUCUCGCUAGAAUUGUACAGUCUAUUAAAGAGGCCAAGGCUAAAGGUGCCCGGCUUCGUGUUGGACCAGAACUUGAAAUCACUGGUUAUGGUUGUCUCGACCAUUUCCUAGAAAGUGAUGUUUACCAGCACUCAUGGGAAAUGAUGGAGAAGCUGCUCGCUAACAAAGACUGCUACGACAUCCUUCUCGAUGUGGGAAUGCCAGUCAUGCACCAAAACAAUCGCUUUAACUGCCGUAUUAUUGCUCUGAAUGGCCAAAUAUUAUUCAUCCGACCAAAAAUGUAUUUAGCCAAUGAUGGCAACUACCGCGAGAUGCGGUAUUUCAUUCCGUGGAUGCGUCCGCGCCAUGUUGAGCAAUAUGAUCUUCGCGGCAAAAUGAAGAACAUCAAAGGCCCGCAUAUGAUACCCAUUGGUGAUGCUGUUAUCAGCACACCGGACACGUGCUUUGGUGCUGAGACUUGUGAGGAGCUUUUCACACCACGAGCACCACAUACGGACAUGUCCCUAAAUGGCGUUGAAGUCAUUACAAACUCUUCCGGCUCACAUCACACCCUAAGGAAGCUCAAUGUGCGUUUGAACUUGAUUCUUGAAGCUACGCGCAAGAGUGGCGGUGUCUACUUGUAUGCAAACCAAAUGGGCUGCGAUGGAGAUCGCUUGAUGUACGACGGAUCUGCGCUAAUUGCAGUCAACGGGCAGCUUGUCGCUCAAGGCUCACAGUUCUCUCUGAGGGAAGUGGAAGUGAUCACUGCCACAGUUGAUCUCGAGGAAGUGCGCUCGUACCGCUUUGCGCCCUCCCGCGGUUUACAGUCUAUGCAAGCUCCCACGUACCAGAGGAUUGAGACCCAAUUUUCACUUUCAUCAGAUGAGUUGGAGAAAAAUCCUUUCCUGGCACCCGAUCAGCCUUUUGAGCCACGUUAUCACCGACCAGAAGAAGAGAUAGCCAUGUCAGCAGGAUGUUACUUGUGGGAUUACUUGCGACGAUCUGGAGCAGCUGGCUACCUAGUGCCGCUUUCAGGCGGAAUCGAUUCCUGUUCAACAGCUGUUCUCGUUUUUUCCAUGGCAAGGCUCGUCAUGGCUGCAGUCAAGGAGGGCAAUGAACAGGUUAUUGCGGAUGUCAAACGAAUCUGCAAAUACUCCGACGAACUACCCAGCACGCCACAGGAGCUUACAAACCAGGUAUUCCACACAGUGUACAUGGGGAUGUCGAAACAAUCGAGCGCAGAGACCAGAGGCAGAGCAAGGACUUUGGCUGAAGCCAUAGGCUCGUAUCAUAUUAAUCUCGAUAUCGACGAAAUUUUCGAAGCACAGCGGAAUUUGAUUGUUAAGCAUCUAAACUUUGAACCAAAGUUCAAGACCCAAGGUGGAUCGCCAGCGGAGAAUAUAUGUCUGCAAAAUAUUCAAGCUCGCACGCGACUCGUCACCGCCUAUGAAUUCGCGCAGAUGCUCCCUACAACUCGCAAGCGACCUGGAGGAGGUGGUCUUCUCGUUCUUGGAAGUGCGAAUGUAGGGGAAGCAUUACGUGGCUAUUACACGAAAUACGACUGCAGCAGCGCGGAUAUUAAUCCAAUAGGAAGCAUUGACAAAGACGACCUCAAGCGAUUUAUCGCUUAUGCAAAGACUGAGUUCGGCAUUCCCGUGUUGCAGGAAUUCCUCGACGCAACACCGACUGCCGAGUUGGAGCCUAUUGAGGAGGAUUACGUUCAAAGUGAUGAGGUUGACAUGGGCAUGUCAUAUGCGCAAUUGAGCGUUAUGGGCAGGCUACGGAAAGUGAACAAACUUGGUCCACUGGGCAUGUUCAAGAGGCUAGUUCAUGACUGGAAGGAUCAUAUGGAGCCAAAGGACGUUGCCGACCUUGUCAAACGUUUCUAUCAUUUCUACGCGAUCAAUCGUCACAAGAUGACCACGCUCACACCCGCGCUACAUAGUAACGAUUAUUCACCUGACGAUAACCGUUACGAUUUAAGACCUUUCUUGUACCCAAGCUUUUGGAAGAACUGGAGUUUCAAGAAGAUUGAUGAGGAACUUGCGGAAAUUGAGAAGAAAAUAAAGGCCAACGGGUACAAAUAGAAACGUAUCGACGUAACAUUCUUGUCGUGCAAGUAGGGCGGGGCUUCAAGAGAUGCCUUCCUCUUCCUGUCAGAAUCUCGAAAUUAGAUUGCAUUUGUGGAUGACUACCCUAUAUUCUAGAUUCUGCAAGCUCAUGCACCUGCAAUCGUGUGCAAUAAGCUGCCGUGAAGGCUAUCAAGCAUACCCGGACAUCAUCAACGUACCGAAAUGGGCUCGUAACCCCUUUUUUACUUCACAUGGUUUCAGUCUGUUCAAACUAUCAUGGCAUUCUUUACCAUCUGUACAUAGAUGGGCCAGAGUUUCGGUAGGUAAAUCGCAACACAGGUCGAUAUAUUCUCCGAAUCCAUCAACACGGCCGGCAUGUGUUUAUUAUGACAUGCCUAAGGGUGGAUGUUGUGGCUUGCUUUUGGUCUAGAAGCUGCGGGAGCUGCAAAGUAGUCAAAAUAUGCAUUUCUUGC